CACCCUUCUCUUCCCUUUCCCACCUUAUAAAUUUCUCUGCAUAAACUCACUCAUUCAUAUUCACUCUCUAUCAACCACCAUUCUCUCUAGUCAUGGCAACGGUGAAGGUCCAUGGUAGCGUUUUUUCAACGGCCUCACAGCGAGUUUUGGUUUGCCUCCAUGAAAAAGAACUCGACUUUGAGUUUGUUCCGGUUGACAUGAGCUCUGGUGACCACAAAAAACCACCUUUCCUUUCCCUCAAUCCAUUUGGUCAAUUGCCAGCAUUUGAAGAGGGAGAUUUGAAGCUCUUUGAGUCAAGGGCAAUUACCCAAUACAUAUCACACACUAAUCCAAACAAAGGGAACCAACUAAUAUGCCAAGACCCAAAAAAGAUGGCAAUCAUGUCUGUGUGGAUGGAGGUUGAAGCUCACGAGUUUGACCCUCCAUCUUCAAAGCUCGCUUGGGAGCAAGCCUUCAAGCCAAUGUUUGGUAUGACAACUGAUGUCGCGGUGGUGGAAGAGAAUGAGGCUAAGCUGGCUAAGGUUUUGGACAUCUAUGAGGCUCGGCUGGCUCAGUCAAAGUAUAUGGGUGGAGAUUGCUUCACCUUGGUGGAUCUGCACCACCUUCCUAACAUCCAGUACUUGAUGGAUACUCAGUCCAAGAAGCUCUUUGAUUCGCGGCCACAUGUCCGCACCUGGUGCUCUGAUAUCCUGGCAAGGCCGAAUUGGUUGAAGGUUGUUGCCAUGAAAAAUAACUAGCAUUUUCAAUUUUCGAUCUGCUUUGUCUUGAUCUGUCUUCUUCUCUUGUAUGAAGAAAGCAUAAACCUUAUGUUUUGAUCAUAAAUAACUUGCUAUGUCAAGGUCAAGAAUCCUGUUGACCAUUACUAUGUCUUAAGUUUCUUCUUGUUUGGAUUA